AUGUCCAAUUUGGCUACAACGCCCGCAGCGCCGUUCAGUACGCACCCUCUUCGCAGGCGUUGCACCCUUAUUAGAGCCACUACCCUCUACCUCAGCGAUCUGAUCAGCUAUCUGGCUAACUGUCUGGGACCCCUCUGCCUCGUCUCGUAG